AGUAUCUUAGUCAUUCAAAAACUUCUAGUCAAUAAGGAAAGUUUUCAACUAUUCAGUUUUGAAAAAGCUAACUUACUAAUUAUUUAUCCUUCGAAUAUUCGAUAAGUAUCAUUUUUAUUUCAAAUAUAACAGUGAAUAAAGGAUAAUUUAACUACAUAAAUAUGUUACGAAUAUUAGAUACUUCACUGAUUUUUUAUUACAACGUGUUCGUUAUAUGAAUGACAUUUAGGUUAUGUAACAUGAAGAUUAUAUGACGAAAUUAUAAAAAAGAGUUAAUUCAUAAUAUUACUUACAAUUUUUUGAAAUAUAAAAAUAAUAUAACAGAAAUAGAUACACAUAUUUAUUUUUUAACAUAUUGAAGACAUGAUUUAAGAUUUUUAUGGCAAUGAUUACAUUAAGAAGAUUUUUGAAAACUGCUACAAUAAGUACAAUAGCUGUAGGCACUUUGGUAUCCUUAAGAGCUAACGAAUAUGAUAUUGGAUCAAUAGGUAUUGUACGCCUUGGACGUGCUGCUGUUACUGUUUUUAUAAUAGGUAAUCAUUAUAAAAAAGAACUUUACAAUAGCAAUUUAAAGAGUACAUCACCAAAAUAUUUAGAAUUAAAAUCAAAAGCACACAAAUAUGGAGCAGAACGCCUUCUAGAGCUUUGUUGUGCCAAUAAGGGUGUAUAUAUAAAAGUUGGCCAGCAUAUUGGAGCAUUAGAUUAUUUGUUACCAGCAGAAUAUGUUAGUACAUUGCGUGUUUUACACAGUUCUGCUCCACAGUCAUCGUUCAAAGAUGUCCUCAGGGUAAUAAAAGAAGAUUUCAAAAAAGACCCAUAUGAUAUAUUCGAAGUCAUCGAGCCAACACCUUUGGGAACCGCAAGUCUUGCACAAGUUCACAAAGCUGUACUUAAAAAUGGCAAUGUUGUCGCUGUUAAAGUUCAACAUCGUACUGUCAAGACCAAUGCUUUUGUUGACAUAAAAACAAUGUCAGCAUUAGUAAAAAUUACAUCCUAUAUAUUUCCAGACUUUAAAUUCGAUUGGUUAGUCGAUGAAAGUAAAAAAAAUAUACCGCAAGAAUUAGAUUUUACUCAAGAAGGAAGAAAUGCAGAAAAGAUACAAAGCCAAUUUUCUCAUUACAAUUGGUUAAUAAUACCAAAAAUAUAUUGGGAUUUAUCAUCUCAACGAGUUUUAACUAUGGAAUUCUUAGAAGGCGGUCAAGUUAAUGAUCUUCAAUAUCUACGAAGCAAAAAAUUAAAUCCAUAUGAAGUCAGUAGUAAAUUAGGUCGUUUAUACAGCCAUAUGAUAUUUAUUAGCGGAUUUGUACAUUCGGAUCCUCAUCCUGGAAACAUUCUUGUUAGAAAUAAUAAUUCGGAAGCUGAAAUAAUCUUAUUGGAUCAUGGAUUGUACGCAAAUCUUUCCAAUGAGUUUAGAUGGGAAUAUUCUAAAUUAUGGUUAGCAAUAUUGAACGGAGAUAAAUUUGCUAUGCAAAAACAUUGUACGAAUUUAGGCGUAGGUGAUCUUUACGGAUUACUAUCGUGUAUGGUGUCUGGUAGAACGUGGGAUACUAUAAUGUCAGGGGUGCAGAAAAAAAAUUACGAUAAACACGAGAAAGAACUUUUUCAAAAAGAAAUACCUAAUUUAUUACCACAAAUUAGCGACGUAUUGCAAAGGGUUAAUAGGCAAAUGUUGUUAAUUCUUAAAACUAAUGAUCUAAUGCGUGGAAUUGAACAUUCAUUGAAGACACAAAAUCGAAUGUCUUCAUUCAUGGAAAUGUCCAAAUGUUGCAUUCAAUCGGUUUAUGGAGAGAAAUUAAAAUUCUGUUCAAGCGGAUGGAAACGAUGGGAAUUGAGUUUUCUCGAACAAUGGGCUCUUAUGAAAUUAUCAUUUUAUUAUGUCUACUUAGGCUUAUUUCAUUUUGAUAUAAACAAAAGCAUUGAGUCAUACUGGGCAAAUGAUUUCUAUGCUUUUUAAUCAAACUUACAAUUAGAUAGCAAACAAUAUACUAAAAAAUGAUAUAGCAAUUUUGUAUAUUCUUUUACCGAUUUAAAAAAAUAUUUAGAAAUUAAUAUUUUUAAAUUCAUACAUUUUAAUAUUAAUGCCAAAUAGUUGUAACAUUAUUUUUCAUUAAUUAUACAUAUAGAUUUAAAUUGUUACUAAAUUUUUAAUACUGUUUGUUAUCAAUUAAAAGUAUUGAGUAUAAAAAAAUAUAAAUUUAUUUAAUAAACACAUUAAUAAUAAUACAUUUCUAUAUUUGUAUGCCAUAUAUAAAUACCAAGAAACAACCUAACUUAUAUAUUAAAUUCAGGGAAUGUAAUAUAAACAUAUUGUAUAUAUUCUUUGCAAAGAGCAUAAAUAUAUGGAAUUGUUAGAAUAAUUUAUCAUUGCCUCUAUAAAAAAGACAUAAUAUACAUGAAAUGUAACUGCAGAUAUAUAUACUAUAUAUCACACUACAAUACAUCCAAUUUGUAUAAACGAAAAGAAAGUUUGCAAGUAAAUGAGCAAUUUUGUUAAUAA